CCCCUACGAAGCAACUGCGGUUGUGGUUGUUGUUGGAGAGGGAACAAUGAGGGACGCUCUUUCAGUUGCCGGGAAUUCAUCAAUCAGGACAUUAACCAGGGGUUUCGUGUGGAGCAUCCACAACUACCAGCGCCAUCAAUUCACAACGCUCGUCCAGCAGCGUCAAACCAAUCAGCCAGGCGCAGUUGCUCGAGUCUUUAUGCAAUCCAUCAUCAAACAAAGUUCACAGCCUCGACUCAGCGCCUGUGCCCUGCCACCAUCCUUGUAUACGGCUGAAGAGUCUGUUAUUUCAAGCCCUGAUUCUCUUUCACCAACUUAUCCACCCUCCGCGAUAAGCCGCCGCGCAACGAUGCCGCUCCGCGAGAUACUUCACAAGAAGGACGCCCUCAACAACACGGCCGACAACUAUGCGUCCGGUGCCGUUCCCACGACCUCCGGCAGAAAUGUGCCUCAGAUUACCUUUAUUCGAACCGACACAACCUCCCAAGAAGUGAUCCGUCCGCCUGUCUUCGACGGAGAUGCCGAUCACCCCGACGAUCGAUAUCUAGAACCCGUUCCUCCUUCUCCUUCGCAUCGCAAAUCGUUGAAUCCGUUCCGUCGCUCGCGUGCUCCCUCAGAGUCCUCGGGUACAAUUUCACCAACGCGCCCGCGCGGAGAAAGACGGCUGACGCACUUGCUGCACUUGGAUCGCUCGGGGUCGCGGAAUUCUAGCUCAUCAUCAGUCAACGUCCCAUCCGACCUCCCGCAGAUAAAUUGUGAUAGAGGCGACGAGCAAGAAAGGGAGGCACAAUGGGAGAAGAGGGCCACGAUGCUGGCACAGCGCAGCCCGCAAGCUGGAGCUUCGUGUCUGUCGCCUACUUCGCCGACAGGCUUCGGAUUGGAUGGCGCGCCAUCGAGGUCGCGGAGUUCUAGUCGGAGCCGGAUAAACGAUCCAGAAGGGGAUGUCAAUGUACAAGAGGCGAUCCGACUUCAUGAAGCUGGAGAACUCGAACGGUCGACAAAGAUGUUUGAGCACCUGGCGGACCCUAACGGUGCCAACAAUGCACUCAGUCAAGUGCUCUAUGGGCUAGCACUCCGACAUGGUUGGGGCUGCUCGCCAGAUCCUGAUAGAGCCGUCAUGUAUCUUUCGGCCGCAGCGUCCAACUCGGCAUCGAUAGAGUCUCAGGCGCUCCAGGCCGGCAUCAAGAAAGGCGGAUCUGCUAAGGGAGAGCUAGUGUUGGCUAUUUUCGAGCUGGGAAACUGCUUCCGUAAUGGCUGGGGCGUCAAGAAAGACCCAGUCGCAGCGCGACAAUACUUCGAAACGGCAGCCAACCUGGGCGAUACCGACGCGAUGAACGAGGUUGCUUGGUGCUACCUAGAAGGGUUUGGCGGGAAAAAGGACAAGUUCACGGCCGCCAAAUACUACCGAUUGGCCGAAGAGAAAGGCAACAAAUUAGUGGGAAAUUCCUGGAUAUGGAAGGACAAGUACAACCCGCACUGAACCGCUAGGGCUGUGUACCUGCUGUUUCUAGUUACAACGACCUUUCAUCCGUACCGUCCCAUCAGAUGACGAUGGCGUUUUGGACCGAGCUGAAGCAAGGCUAGAAUGCUUCCACUUUCUUAGCCGGCUUCUUGCGGCCCAGACGUCCUUCUCCUUCCCACUUCGUAUCCCGGCUCUGGGACACAGACCUCCUUACCUACUACCUUUUGCCGAUUAAUUAUCUUCCAUUCUUCGCUACCAUCACCAUGAAGGGAACGGCAAUGAUGAUGACCCAAGCAUCCAGCCUCAUCUUUUUUCCUUACUGACACCCAAUCUCAGAGCGUACUUUUGCUUGCUUCCCUUCCCCCGGAUGUUCAUACUACUUCCUUUCUUGGACUUUUCUUCUAAUAUUACAUACAUGCAUACAUACCCACUCUGCCUGUGCCACACCCACCAAAGCAGAGCAAAUAAUCGCUAUC